AUGACUGGACGCGGCAAAGGUGGGAAGGGUCUCGGAAAGGGCGGCGCCAAGCGUCACCGCAAGAUUCUUCGCGACAACAUUCAGGGCAUUACCAAGCCUGCUAUCCGUCGUCUCGCUCGUCGUGGCGGUGUGAAGCGUAUCUCUGCCAUGAUCUACGAAGAGACCCGCGGUGUCCUCAAGUCCUUCCUCGAGGGUGUCAUCCGUGAUGCCGUCACCUACACCGAGCACGCCAAGCGGAAGACUGUCACCUCCCUCGAUGUCGUCUACGCCCUCAAGCGCCAGGGCCGUACCUUGUACGGUUUCGGCGGCUAA